UUGACUUCUUCUUGACACCUCAUCCGAUCCUUGACUUGACCGAGACACCGACGAGGACAACGACAAACAGCUAGGGCUACCGACAGUAUCAGCCCUACUGGAGCUUCCAUUGUGCGACAAUGUACCGCCGGCCAGUUGCUUCCCUGGCUGGGCGGGCCCGAUUCUCGACCAGUCGACCACAGUCGCUCCUCCCGCUUGCACAACAGGCACAGCGUCCCGUUAGCACCAACCAUGCUCGGCUAUUGCACUCGACCUCGCAGUCGCCCAAGCCCGCGCCCACCUCCUCGAAGCUGGCCCAGGUGGCUGAGGAGAUGAACCCGGUGUCGACUGGGCUCAAGAAGUGGACGAGCUACCUGCCAAAGGUGGAGCGGGCCGACGUGAAGAAAGUUCUUCUCGUCGGUUCCGGCGGUCUGAGCAUCGGCCAGGCGGGUGAAUUCGACUACAGCGGCUCUCAGGCCAUCAAGGCACUCAAGGAGUCUGGCAUCGAGACGAUUCUCAUCAACCCAAACAUUGCCACGAUCCAGACGAGCCACUCGCACGCCGACCAGAUCUACUUUUUGCCCAUCUCACCCGACUAUGUCGCCUACGUUCUCGAAAAGGAGCGGCCCGACGGCGUGCUCCUCACCUUUGGAGGCCAGAGCGCCCUCAACGUGGGUGUUAAGCUCGACGAGAUGGGUGUCUUUGAGCGCCUCGGCGUCCAGGUCCUCGGCUCCCAGGUCGACGUGCUGCGCAUGUGCGAGGAUCGCGACCUGUUCGUCCAGGCCCUGGACCAGAUCAACAUCCCCGUCGCCAAGUCGGAGGCCGUCUCGACGGUCAACCAGGCGCUCAAGGCUGCCGAAAAGAUUGGGUACCCCGUCAUCGUCCGUGCCGCCUACGCGCUCGGUGGUCUCGGCUCGGGCUUUGCAGACAACGAAGAUGAGCUGCGGGACUUGUCGGCUCGGUCGCUCUCGCUGAGCCCGCAGAUCCUCGUCGAAAAGAGUCUCAAGGGGUGGAAGGAGAGCGAGUACGAGGUGCUGCGAGACCAGGAGGACAACGCCAUCAUUUGCUGCAACAUGGAGAACUUCGACCCGCUCGGUAUUCACACAGGUGACUCCAUCGUCGUCGCUCCCUCGCAGACGCUGUCCGACGACAACUACCACAUGCUCCGCACUGCUGCCCUCAAGGUCAUUCGGCACUUGGGCAUCGUCGGCGAGUGCAACAUCCAGUACGCCCUCGAUCCCAACAGCCGAGACUACCGAGUCAUCGAGGUGAACCCUCGAUUGAGUCGAUCGAGCGCGCUGGCGUCCAAGGCCACGGGCUACCCGCUGGCCUACACCGCAGCCAAGCUCGCUCUCGGCCACACACUGCCUGAGCUGCCCAACGCCGUGACAAAGACGACGACGGCAUGCUUCGAGCCCUCGCUGGACUACAUUGUGACCAAGAUUCCCAAGUGGGAUCUGUCCAAGUUCCAGCACGUCAACCGAGAGGUGGGCUCGAGCAUGAAGUCGGUCGGCGAGGUCAUGGCCAUCGGCAGGACGUUUGAAGAGUCGCUGCAAAAGGCCAUUCGACAGGUGGCGCCCAACUACGAUGGCUUUGCUGCCUACGUCGCACCAGAGGACCUCGACAGGGCCCUGUCGGUGCCCGAGGACACGCGCCUGUUUGCCAUUGCCCACGCCAUGCUCAACAAGGGCUACGACGUCGAGAGGCUGCACGAGCUGACCAAGAUCGACCGAUUCUUCCUCUUCAAGCUCGACAACAUCGUCCAGAUCCACCGCCAGCUCAAGGAUCUCGGCUCCAUCGAAGCGGUGGACAAGGACCUGAUGAAGCUGGCCAAGCAGCGCGGCUUCUCGGACCGCCAGAUUGCCCAGCUGACGGGCUCAAAGGAGGACGUGGUGCGCAGGCACCGAAAGGCGCUCGGUCUUACGCCCUUUGUCAAGCGCAUUGACACGGUGGCUGCCGAGUACCCUGCCCAGACCAACUACCUCUACACUACGUACAAUGCCUCGACGCACGACGUUGAGUUUGACGAGCACGGCACCAUGGUCCUCGGUUCGGGUGUCUACCGGAUCGGCAGCUCAGUCGAGUUUGACUGGUGCGCCGUUACAUGCGCCCGCAGGGUGAGAAACAUGGGCCACAAGACGAUCAUGAUCAACUACAACCCCGAGACGGUCAGCACCGACUUUGACGAGGCCGACCGGCUGUACUUUGAGGAGCUGGGCUUUGAGCGUGUCAUGGACAUCUACGAGCUCGAGGGCGCCACGGGCGUCGUUGUGUCUGUUGGUGGUCAGCUGCCGCAGAACAUUGCUCUCAGGUUGAAGGACUCGGGCGUCAAGGUGCUCGGAACAGACCCGUCCAAGAUCGACUCUGCCGAGGACAGGCACAAGUUCUCUCAGAUCCUCGACUCGAUCGACGUCGAUCAGCCAGAGUGGAUCGAGGCUACGAGCGUCGACGUCGCAAAGGAGUUUGCCAACAAGGUCUCCUACCCCGUCCUCGUGCGCCCCUCGUACGUCCUGUCGGGCGCGGCCAUGAACGUUAUCUGGGACGAGAGCACCCUUGAGCACCACCUCACGGCUGCGGCAGAGGUCAACACCGACUACCCCGUCGUGCUGACCAAGUUCAUCGCAAACGCACAGGAGAUUGACAUUGACGCCGUUGCUCACAAGGGCGAGCUCCUCGUCCACGCAGUCUCCGAGCACGUCGAGAACGCUGGUGUGCACUCGGGCGAUGCUACGCUCGUGCUGCCUCCCUUCUCGCUCGACCGCAACGAUCUGGCACGGCUCAAGGUCAUUGCGCAAAAGGUGGCCAAGGCCUUUGAGAUUUCUGGUCCUUUCAACAUGCAGAUCAUCCGCAAACCAGCUCAGGACGGCGAGGCAGAGGCAGCGCUCAAGGUGAUUGAGUGCAACCUCCGAGCAAGUCGAAGUUUCCCCUUCGUCAGCAAGGUCCUCGGCGUCAACUUCAUCGAUGUGGCUACGUGUGCCAUCGUGGGCAAGGAUGUGCCAGAGCCCAUCGAUGUGAUGCAGAAGCAGCGCGACUACGUGGCCAUUAAAGUGCCGCAGUUCUCUUGGACCCGAUUGGCGGGCGCAGACCCGUACCUGGGCGUCGAAAUGGCGAGCACGGGCGAGAUUGCGGCGUUUGGCAAGGACAUCAAGGAGGCCUACUGGGCCAGCAUCGCUUCCCAGACUGGCUGGCGUGUGCCGGAAGCCCGCAAGGGUGUGCUGCUGGGCGGAAGCAAAGAGGUGCCGGAGCUCGGCCAGGUGGCCAAGAAGCUCUACGACCUCGGCUUCAAGCUGUACUGCUCCAAUGCAGAGGUUGAGCAGUUCCUCAACGAGAUCCCCCACGUGCGCGCCACCCGGAUCUGGUUCCCGCUCAAGGACAAGAGGAAGCUGCGCGAGGUGUUUGACGACCACGAGAUCCAGUUUGUCGUCAACCUGGCCCAGCAGCGCGGCAAGGACACCGUCGAUGAGGACUACGUCGCCCGCCGAAACGCAGUCGACUUUGGCCUGCCGCUCGUGACGGAGCCCCGCUGUGCGCUGCUGUUUGCCGAGACGCUUGAGUACAAGAUGCCGAUGGGCUGCCUCCGGCCCUACGAGGAGGGCCGCAUCCCGCCAGAGGUCAAGCCGUGGAAGGAGUGGGUGCCAGAGUCGGUUCAUUAGGGCAGUCUUGUUCUUUCUUCGUCAGUCAGUGUGCAUAGAGAUUGGACGGAAAAAAAAUAAUGCGAUUGUUUAGCAACCUCUU